AUGUCUUCGAAAGAUGCCAAGGUGCUGAGGAGCAGACCGAUGGAUGAUUCGGAGGCCAAGUGGGUCGGAUUAAGAGCUAUCGAGUGGGUGGAUCAGGAGGGAAGGGAGAGAAAGUGGGAGAGCGCCGAUAGGAAGACCAGAAAGGGAGAGGUGGAUGGUGAGUCCGAGAUUGCGGUUGCGAUUGCGAUGAGGGUGCAGUGUUGCCCCCUUGAGCAGCGCAUACAUUGAAGUCCUUCUUCGCCCGCGCAUGAGCUGACCCCCCAGCGCUCCUGCUUUGUGGUUCAUCACAUCCUAGCCGUAGCCAUAUGCGCCAUCAUUCAUCGUCCCUCUUCCGAAACUCAUGUCCUUUUGAUCUCGCAGUUCAGACCGCCCGUUGCAGCUUCGGUCAUCGAAAUGCCAGCAGGUCUGGUAGAUGCUGGUGAAGAGGGCGAUGAAGGAGCUCAGAAAGCUGCUCUUAGGGAGUUGGAGGAGGAGACGGGAUACGGCACCACGAAGCAAGGCGGAUCGGUCGAUGUGGUAGAGACCAGCACCAUCAUGGUCAAUGAUCCCGUGAGUAACCUUGGACUCCCCUGCAGCUCAGUCGAUACGAGAAACUGCAUUCUUGCUCGGCGUUGAGUCGGACGAGCUGAAAAAUUGCUCUUAUCAUCAUCCGAUUAGGGGCUCUCUGGCGCGAACAUGAAGCUGUGCGUUGUGCGCAUACAUCUGUCGGACGAUUCGGAAGAGCCGGUAGCCAAGCCAGAAGAAGGCGAAUUCAUCGAAAAGCAUCUCGUCCCAGUCAAGGGCCUCUACAAGACGCUCAAAGGUGAGUCAGAAUUGCCAAACGCGGCACGAGUUGCUUGCCGCAAAGUGGAGAACUGCACAUUCACAGGGCUGACUCAAGGGCCGGCUGCACUCCGUACGUCUGGCAGACUUCCAAGCCAAGGGCUUCGCGGUCGAUGCUAGACUAGCUCACCUUGCUGUGGGUCUGGAGUUGGGUCUGGGUGGACUGGUAAAGGGUAGCAAGAUUUGA